CUCCCCCUUCACGAAACACCACCCUCGCCCUCCCCUCACAGACAAGCCCAAGGCCCAGCCCAGCACCCUAGCCCAGCACCCUUGAGACUGCUCCCCUUCCUCGCAACCGCAGCCGUCAUGACAGCCAAGACGACCGCCGCCCUCCGCGUCGACCCGGAGUGGGCCGCCGUCUUGGACCAGAUCGGGUCCGGCCCACAGCCCAACUUCACCAGCGUCUGGGACGUGCGCGAGGCCGUCAACACCCAGCUCGGGCCCAUCGUAGCCGCGCUGCCGCGCCACGACGGCAUGCUCCAGACCAAGCACCAGGUCACGUCGCUCGACGGCACCGUCAUCGACGUCUACCGCUUCCUCCCCAAGGCCCUCCAGGCCAACGACACCACCACCCCCGCCGCCGCCGACCUCGGCCGCGCCGUCGUCAUGAACUUUGGCGGCGGCUACGUCGCCGGCUCCGCCCCCUCCUGGGCCCCCGCCAUGGCCGACCUGGCCGAGCGGGCGGGCACGCAGGUGUUUGCGCCCGAGUACCGCAUCGCGCCCGAGCACCCGGCCCCGGCGGGCGUCGAGGACGCCUUCUCCACCGUGGCGUGGCUGCAGCUGCCCCAAUCCGCCGCCGCCUUUGGCGUCGACCCGGCCCGCAUCGUGGUCGGCGGCAUGAGCGCGGGCGGCGGCAUCGCGGCGGGCGCCGCCCUCCUGGCCCGUGACAGGGGGCUGUCCCCGCCCAUCGCGGCGUCGCUGCUGCGCUACCCCAUGCUCGACGACCGCACGCGCCUCGACGACGCGGACCCGCUGCACCCUUACCUGCUCUGGACGCAGCGCCAGAACGAGCUGGCCUGGCCCGCGUACCUGGCCGGCAGCGACAGCGUCAGGUACGGGGCCCCGGGGAGGACGGAGGACGUGGCCGGCCUGCCCGAUACGUACGUCGGCGUCGGCAGUUUGGAUCUGUUCAAGGCCGAGAACGUCGACUACGCGGCGCGCUUGGCAAAGGCCGACAACAACGUCGAGCUGCAGCUGUACUCGGGCAUCGCGCAUGGCUUCGACCUCGCCGUUCCCGGCAUCAGGUUGAGCAGGGAGAUGAAUGCGAACGAGGUCAGGUUCAUCAGGAGGUUCUAGGGGUGCUGGAUCACUGGGCAGCCAGGAUGAUUGGAUUACGGUUUCGAUCAGUGGUAUACCGUGACAGAUCAGGUAUAUGUGGUAGUGGUAAUUAUGCCUUACAAGAUAUGAGAUUUUAGCCAUUGUUUCUCAGCGUCUUUCACAAACCCAAGCCCCUGGACAGAACGAUAGUCGAUAGAAGAAUCUAGUGGAUAUGUCAUCUCUCAAAUACUCUUUUUGACCCA